AUGAAUGCGACCGCACGAAGUAACCAAACGCUUGCGCUCUUGGGCGACGCGUACACGUCCUGGUCGUCCCUGUCCACUGGCAGCAAGCUCAUGACAACCUUUCUCGGCGUGGUUGUCACCCUCGUCUUUGGAGGCUGCAUGGUCCUCCUCAACGCACCCCUCAAUGCUCCACACACCAAGGAAGUCGAAGCGCUUCCAGGCCCCAAGCGGCCAUGGGGUGGCUGGCUCCUGGGCAACUGUAUCGAGAUUGCCGACCACCGUGACUCUCUCAUCCACCCCACUUGGGCUGCGGCAGGCGCUACUGGAAGGUAUCUCUCGCUGUUCGCCCAGGAGAGAAUCUAUACGUUUGACCCAGCCGCAACGAGGUAUAUCUUUGCCCAUGUGGACGAGUUUGAGCGACCCCGCGACGCGCGCACCAUCCUCCAACGCGUCAUGGGCAAAGGCUCGCUCGUCGGCGUCAACGGGGCCGUCCACAAGCGCCAGAGACGCGUGAUGGACCCGGCGUUCUCGACGAGUGCGAUCAAAGACAUGGUGCCUGCCAUGUUUGACAAGGCCGACGAGCUCGAGAACCUUAUCCAGGUGCUGAUCGACAAUAACUCGUACGAAAAGUACGCCUCGGCCAUCCCGCCCAAGGACAUUGACCGCGUACCGGGCGCGCGCAAGAUUGAUAUGCUCGGUCUUAUGAACCGCAUGACGACUGAUGUGAUCGGCCGCGUCUUCUUUGGGCACGACUUUGACUCCAUCUCUACCCCGGAAGGGUCGAUUAUCGUCCAGGCGUUUGACCGUAUGACCAACGCGGCGCACGAGUUUGCACCGGUCACAGAAGCACAGAACGCGGUCCCGCUCUUGGACUUGAUACCUAUGAAGAACAGGCGCGAGAUUGAUUCUUGCAGAGAGCUCAUGGGUCGUAUCUCGGAUGACUUGGUGGAGAAGCGCAAGCGCACCCUCGGCGAGGACGACAAGGACCUUCUCGCGCUGCUCAUCAACGCCAACGGAUCUACCCGUGAGGACCAGAAGAUGAGUGACGAGGAGGUGCGCGCACAAAUGGCUACAUUGCUCUUUGCCGGCAGCACCACAACAGGCGCGACCAUUUCCAGCGCACUGCACAAUCUCUCCCAGCAUCCCGAGUUCCAGCGCCGCCUGCGUGCCGAAGUCGAGUCCGUUGGCGAGGACAAGCCCAGCUUUGAAACCCUCAACGCCCUUCCCUUCCUCGACAAUGUCGUCCGUGAGACUCUUCGCUACACGCCUCCUGCGACCUGCACUGCCCGCGAAGCGGCCAAGGACACCACCCUCCCUCUCACGUGGCCUGUCCGCGGACGCGAUGGAAGCUUGAUUGAAACCCUGCCAGUGAAGAAGGGGUCAUACUUUUUGAUCUGUGAGGAGGUCUGGGGACCGGAUGCCAAUGAGUUCAACCCGGACAGGUUUGAUGACCCGAACAUGCCGCUCCUAUCGGUGCCCGGAGUCUGGGGAAACGUUGCCUCGUUUAUUGUCGGCCCCUACUCGUGCAUUGGAUACCGCCUCUCCAUUGCCGAGAUCAAGGUCGUUCUCUUUACCGUUCUGCGCCGUUUCCAGUUUGAGGAGCUGCCGAGCAAGCCCGAGGUUGAGUACCUCUCCAGCCUGGCCACCAGGCCGCAGGUCAAGGGCGAGCCAGGUGGCCAGUUGCCCCUCCUGGUACGGCCGCUGGCCAAGGAGAAGCAGUAG